AUGUCUCCUUCGACCGCAGCGCGCAGGCUGCCGCUUUCAACCACCCUCACACCCUUUCUGUAUCCAUGUCUGGAUGGGUCCUGGACGCCGAGUCUCCGAACGCUACGCCAUCUAACUCGCUCCCACCUGCGUUUGCGGAGUCAAGUUCGAUGUCAAACUACUGAUGCCUCGGCCGUGGACGUGCAUCAAUUCGACCAUCUAAACCCAGCGCCUACCGACUAUUCGGCUGCUCCCUUUACUGAUGCCUGCUCGCUCACCAUCGGCGCUGGCGGUGGAGGCCAUGGCUGCAUCUCGUUCCUGCGCGAAAAGUACAUCCCCAAUGGCCCUCCCAACGGGGGCGAUGGUGGUACUGGGGGAAAUGUCUACAUUCAGGCUGUCAGGGGUGAGACAAGCCUGCACAAGCUCGCAAGGCGAGGCAUGCUCAAGGCUGGGCGAGGCAAGAACGGUCAAGGCAGUCUGAAAGGAGGAGCAAGAGGCGAAGACGUCCUGAUCACAGUGCCCGUGGGGACGGUCGUCAGGGAGGUAUCGCGCGUGGAUCCGCUGGAACAAGAUGAAAGAGAAAGAAGUGCUUUCAGCCGUCAUGGCAGUCGCUCUCACGAAGAAGAAGACGAUGCCGGAGACUUGCCAGCUGGGUUCCAGCGCGACAAGUGGCUCAUAUACCCUGGCACUCUGCCAAAAUCGUUCAGCGUGGCCGAACUACCUCCGCUUCCUCGACCACGUCGUAACAAUUUGGCUUCACUACAGCCUGCUGCACCUGUUCGCCUCGAUCUCGAUAAGCCUAUGAAUUCACCCUUACUUUUGGCAGCUGGUGCGAUGGGUGGACUCGGCAACCCGCACUUCGUGUCGAAGACUGCUUUACGGCCCAAAUUCGCGACAAAAGGAGGGAGUGGGAUGCGCAUUAGCUUGCAGCUGGAGUUGAAGCUGCUAGCUGAUGUGGGGCUUGUUGGCCUCCCCAAUGCCGGGAAAUCGACACUGCUCAGAGCCAUAACCAACUCGCGAACACGAGUGGGCAAUUGGGCCUUUACCACACUGAGUCCUAACAUUGGCACAGUUGUGCUGGACUCAUACACGGGUCGACCGUCCUUGGGCACCAAAGGCCGCCGUCAGGAGCCGAGAACAAACUUUACUAUCGCCGAUAUACCAGGCCUUAUCGAAGGUGCACACCUUGACAAGGGUCUAGGACUGGGAUUCUUGCGCCAUGUGGAAAGAGCGGCGGUUCUGGCUUUCGUCGUGGAUUUGGCAGCUCGCGACGCCGUUGCAGCUCUGAAAGAUCUCUGGACAGAGGUUGGCGAGUACGAGAAGCUCCGUGAGCAAGCGUUGAACGCUGAGACGGAGCGUCUACAGCCUCAAGAAGACGGCGUUAUGGCUUUCAAGCCGUUUGAAAGUUCAAUAUUUCCUGGCUUCGACCCAGAACCUGUGGACGGGGCCGUACUCAAUCCACCCGCAGGGAGAUCUCUACCAGCGAUAGCGCUUCCACCCAUCAGCAGCAAGCCAUGGCUUGUCGUUGCAACCAAGGCAGACCUUCCUGGAACGCAGGAAAACUUCCAGAGUUUGCAAAGCUACCUGCAGAAAGUACAAUCAGGAGAAGAACAGCACCCGAGCGGAAAGCAGAAUGGCUGGCGAAAGACUCUGUUCGCUGUCCCAGUGUCUGCGAUCAACAAGGAAGGAGUGUCCGGUUUGCCAGGGAUUCUGCUUAAUUUACUCGAUGCCUGA